GUAGUAGCUCAGUACAACUUUAUCGUCAUGGGUUUAGUAUUGUUGAUGCUAGCGCUGAUGGCGAGCGGCGCCGCGUGCGACCGCUACCAUCCCGAACGCACUGUCUCAGAGACUGCGACGCUCAGGAACGCCGCAGAGGCGAACGCGCAGUACUGGAUAAAUGACGCACAGGCUGGAAUCGAGCAGCGCCUGCGCUUCACCCCGCGCGCCAGCGACAACCACGCACGCAACGUGGUCAUGUUCAUGGGGGACGGCAUGUCGGUGCCCACGCUGGCGGCGGCGCGCACGCUGCUGGGACAGCGCCGCGGACAGACCGGCGAGGAGGCGCAACUCUCCUUCGAGCAGUUCCCCACCGUGGGACUGUCUAAGACGUAUUGCGUGAGCUCACAAGUGGCAGACUCUUCGUGCUCCGCCACCGCCUAUCUGUGCGGAGUGAAGGCUAACCAGGGCACCUUGGGAGUGAGUGCUGCCGUGCCGCGACAUAACUGCACCGCCUCCUUGGAGACCGCCAACCGCGUCCAAUCCAUCGCCGAAUGGGCGCUUGCCGACGGUCGUGAUGCUGGUAUCGUGACCACCACCAGAAUGACACACGCGUCUCCAGCCGGCGUGUACGCUAAAGUCGCCAACAGGCACUGGGAGAGUGACGCGGACGUAACGUCAGCUGGUCACGACAUAACGCUCUGUCCAGAUAUCGCGCACCAACUCAUACACUUGCCUCCCGGAAAUCAGAUGAAGGUGCUGUUAGCAGGUGGUCGGCGUGAGUUCAUCCCCACUAGCACUGUCGACGAAGAGGGCUUCUCUGGCAGGAGGACUGACGGGCGUAACCUAAUCGAAGAAUGGCAGAGCGACAAACGCGCUCGCAACGUUACCUAUAAUUACGUGUGGAAUCGGUCACAACUCAUGGACGUUUUCAACUCACCCCCGGAAUACCUACUUGGGCUGUUUGAAAGUAAUCACAUGCAGUAUAACCUCGAAGCAGAUCCUUCGACCGAGCCGACACUUGCCGAGCUGACCGAGGUUGCAAUACGCUCGCUAAGCCGCAACGAUCGCGGAUUCUUCUUGUUCGUCGAAGGCGGCCGCAUCGACCACGCGCACCACGACAAUUACCCGCAUCUAGCACUUGAUGAGACUCUCGCAAUGAACGAAGCAGUGGCUCGAGCCGUCGAGCUAUUGGACGAGAAGGACUCGCUGAUAGUAGUCACCGCAGACCACGCCCAUGUUAUGUCGUUCAACGGAUAUUCUCCGCGCGGUCAGGACAUACUAGGCACUAAUAACGACUUAGACUUAGAUGGUGUGCCCUACAUGACGCUGUCAUACACUAACGGUCCAGGAAGACGGGCCCAGCGCGCUGACGGCGUGCGCGUCGACGUCACCCAAGACGCUAAUUUCCGUGCAUUACGGUGGCGUACGCAUGUUGAUGUGCCCCUUGAAGAGGAGACGCAUGGUGGCGACGACGUGGCGGUGUUCGCGCGCGGGCCGCACCACGCCAUAUUCACGGGGCUGUACGAGCAGAGCCACAUCCCGCACCGCAUGGCGUACGCGGCGUGCAUCGGGCCCGGCCUGCACGCCUGCAGCGCCGCGCACUCGCUGCGGGGCUCGCUGCUGGCCGCACUGCCGCUGCUGGCAUUAGCUCUGCACACUCUUCACGGUCACUCUUAACGUCUUCUGCGCAACCAUCUAAUGAAACUAGUAAACAUCGAAAUUCAAUAACAGUCUACUGGCACUGUGUUAAAUUUGAUGAAGUGUCAAAGAAUCGUAAGUUAUGAGAUAUGCCAAAUAUCAAUGAUAGUACCUACUAUUUUAUCUAAUAGUUUAAACUGGAGCUGCGAGUGAUAUUUAAUAUAAUUUAAUUUAAGGAACACAAUAAUACUCAUAAACGUAUAGUAAGUACCUAUAAGAAUCACAAAAAUUGCCAACCUUGGGGUAUUUUAUUGAUUCAAGAGACAUUUUAAGAUUUUUGUGACAUUACAAAAACAAAAUUUUAUUACAAUAUAUGCGCUUUGCUUAACACGUUCGCGCGCUGUAAUGCAUGACAAAUUUUGGCAUUUUGACACACGUUUUUUCCAUACUAAGUCCAUAGGCGUACUUGCGUAGGUCCGCUUACCAAUACCAUACCAAAUGACAGAACGUCUUCAGGCGUCGCACGUCCUAGGGCGUUCUGGCAGAUUUCUUUCUAUCAUGUAGGUGUUCUGCCCCUUAACGUUUUGAGGCGUUCAAUAAUAAAACAUAUAUUUUUUGUACUAAAAUGUUUAAAUUAUUCCUACAGAACCAAUCGUUCUGAGGUAAAAUAAUAUUCUCAAUCAUCAGUAAGUUCUAGUGUAAAAAUCCAAACUUAAAAUGCCAAAUGAAAUUGUAUUCGUAUUUCAUAUUACAGGCCAUUCUUAUAGAUAAUUUUAUAUUUUAAUUUAUAUUAUUUUUAAGUUAUUGUCGUAGACCUAGUGAUUAUUGUAUAAUUAUGUAAAUUAUUAUUAAGUUAAUUUUUAAAUGUAAUUUCAC